GCUGUGUGUGGUUGUGCUGGAGCUGCUGUGUGUCUGAUUCGCUGCAUCUGAGUCCUCUGACUCUGCUCCCACAAUUCAACAGGCAACAAAGGAAGAAAGGAAGAGGCCGAACGCUAGAAAGUGUUAGCCAACCUAGGCUUGAAGAUGUCAACUUAUUGUUUAAUUCUGCUCGGCAAUUUAAAGCUAUAUGUUUAGAGUAGCACAGGGUCCUGCCAUAUAAUCGCUUUGUGCUUUCUUUUUUGCGUGGGAGCCGAAUGAAGGGAAGGUGAUGGUAAUGUUUUCGACAGAAAGCGCUAACAAAGCUAGCUGGCUCAGGUACUAAGCCUGUAUAAGUCAAGCUAACAUUAGCCAACAAUCGUCAAGGAGCGAACCUUAAAUGAAGGUGUUGUGCAAAGCGAAUGCGUAAACCUUCGUGCUGUCUUGGCCAUCAGUACAAGCAGAAGUGAUCAGCAUCCAAUGAAAGGUGGUGGAAGUGGAACUUGACCCAGCCAACUGAGUCACCAUUUUCCUGCUCAUCAUGGGUUUAUUGGCUCCACUUUGUGCAUGACUUGUUUCAUGUGGCCUGAUGGGAGGACACGGUGGAUAGUACUUUCAUCAGGAUACCAGGAGAGCCAUCCCAUGCCCUCAUUUUGGAGGGCCUGUCAGAAUGAAGAAGAUAAGCCUUAAGACCAUCCGCAAGUCACUCAGCAUAAAGGGCAAAGAGGAGGGUGACUUUGUCAUGCUCCAGCAGCCCUCAGUGACUGCAGAGUUUUCUAAGGAUGAGUCACUUUUUGGGGGCUGCUACACCAAAGAGCUUUCUGCCUGCGAUAUUGCUAGCGAGGACGAAAAAGGGGGACAGAACAAGGGCCGCUCAAAGAGUGAGACUCUGAUGGGAUCGCUAAAGAGAAGGCUGUCUACCAAACAGAAGGCGAAAGUGAAAGGCGGCACCUCGACCAUAGGCUCAGUGGAUGAUGAAGACACCUUCUCAUCUUCUUCUGUCCCGAUCAGCUUCAAUGAGGUAAAAGCUCAGAGACCCCUUAGAUCUGCAUCCCUCCGGAGUCACCAUUAUAGCCCUUCUCCGUGGCCUCUGCGGUCUGUCAACUCUGAUGAUGCGUGCAUCAAAAUGGAGGUAAAAGUUAAAGCCAUGGUUCACUCUCCUAGCCCAAGUCCCAACUUAAACGGUGUCCGGAAAGAAUUUCAUGAUUUCCAGAUGGAAGGGCUCCUUCAGGACCAAGCAGAGUCCUUAAAGAAUCUCCAGCAACCGCAAAAUGGUGAGCUGCAUCUAAAUAUUGAUGAAAAUGAUGUGCCUGUGGUGCUGGGGUUGACGCCCCAGGACUACAUCCAGUACACAAUGCCUUUAGAUGAGGGAAUGUAUCCCGAAGGGUCUCACUCCUUCUGCCUGGAAGGUUCCUCUCCUAUGGAGGUGGUGACAGAGGCAGACAAUGGGUCCCUCCACACAGAGCAGGGACAGGAGGAGCAUGAACUGGUGAAUGGGAUGCCUCCAGAUAUAUUCAUGGAAACCUCAGUCAAUAGUAUUCUUAUUGGUUCUGCUGGCAUGAUGCUCCAAAACUCAAGAGUGGAGAUGCCACCUCCCCUUUCUCCACUCCUGCCACCCAUGACUAGUAAUGGACAUAUUCCAAGGACAUUUUCGGGCUUUAGCUCUGCAGACAGCCAGGUAGCUGAGAGGGUAAGACACCACCUCAACUUUGACCCAAAUUCGGCUCCUGGGGUUAGUCGGGUAUACGACUCAGUCCAGAGCAGCGGGCCCAUGGUUGUGACCAGCCUGACGGAGGAGCUGAAGAAGCUUGCUAGGCAGGGCUGGUACUGGGGUCCCAUCACACGCUGGGAGGCAGAGGAAAAGCUGGUCAACCUGGCCGAUGGAUCAUUUCUGGUCAGAGACAGCUCUGAUGACAGGUACCUGCUCAGCCUGAGUUUCAGAUCGCAGAGCAAAACCCUCCACACCCGCAUCGAACACUCCAACGGACGCUUCAGCUUCUACGAGCAGCCCGACGUGGAGGGACACACAUCAAUUGUUGACUUAAUCGAACACUCUAUCAAAGACUCAGAAAAUGGGGCUUUUUGUUAUUCCAGAUCUCGCUUACCAGGGUCUGCAACCUACCCCGUCAGAUUAACCAACCCAGUAUCUCGGUUUAUGCAAGUGCGCUCUCUGCAGUACCUUUGCCGCUUUGUCAUUAGGCAAUACACAAGAAUAGACCUUAUCCAAAAACUGCCCUUACCUAACAAGAUGAAAGAUUAUCUGCAGGAGAAGCACUACUGAGGAUACAGAUGGUAAUUUGCACUUUUGUGUUCAGUUAAGAGAUUUACAAAAGGGGUUUACAGACAACCACAGUUUUGAGAUGAUUGGUUCUGGUGGCUCUUGAUUUGUGUCCGUGUGACCCUGUCACUGUUCGGCCCUUCAUUCCACUGUUCUGGGGUUUUUCGCAGGAGGCUCUACUUCCAGAAAUGUAGGCCAGCACAUAAUCUAUCGCAAAAACACAGCAGAGAUAUACAGCCAAGUAAUCUCAUUUGAAUGCAUCAAGUGCAGAAGCUGAUGUUGGUUACAUCUACAAUAAUCCAGCUGUGCAAGUGUAACAGUUUUUUGUUUUUUAAGAAAUUAUAUCGGUGUUGAGACUGCGGAGUAGGGAAAAGAAUAUUCCUCUCAAAUUCCAUCACUUGUUAAAUUCAAUCUGUAGUAGAUAUGAAGGAUGAUUCCAACAUGGAGCGGUAUUUUUUAAGGUCUCUGCAGACUGACCAAUUUGGCUCAUCUUUUGCUGUUUUUUUUCCUUCACUUACAGCACUCAGACUGCAAAUGAGAACAUUAUGCAUUCGUACUGUGCUGUUAGUCAAAUAGAAAGGUAGGGCAUCAUCAUAUUUGCAAUGACUGACCGAUUAUUCUGAUUAUAAUUUUUUUUUUUUGCUAAUUUACAAACCUAACUCCUUAUUCAGAGGAUUAAGUUUCUCCGUGAUGCAUUAACAGACCCUUUAUUGGCACGUGGCAGCGCUUAUACGACCAAUACUUAAGUGCUUGUCACAGGGCUUAUUUUCAGCCGCACUGUUAAACAGAUAAGCAUUAAUAAACAUGAUUAUCUGUUGAUGAAAGGUUUGCCUUUAGCAUCCAGGAUUUACAACUGUAUAGCAAAAGAUGUCCACAAUCUACCAGUCUGCCAGAGCCUUCAAACAGAUCAUUGAGAGACGUAGCUUUAAAUUAUAUGGCUGCAUGCGGCCAUUAUACAUUGUGCAAGCCUAAAGGUACUGAUAAUGCUGGAUUUUAAUGUUGUGCUGUUUGUGGUAACAGCAUAAAGUUUAUGUAUAAACCUUUUUAAAAUAUGCUAAAAGUGAAAAAAAAAAAUUCUGCUUUGGGAAUGUUACAAAAACUGCACCGCAGCUCAGGCCUAACAAGUUUGUCACUAUGUGUAAUGCUUUUAUCUGCAUGUUAUAAAGGCUUUAAGACUGUCAAUUAAAGGCACUGUAGAACUACACUAAUUGAGAGAAGAUGUCACAGUAAAAGGGGGGAGAGAUUUUUGGCUGUUAUUAAAGCGCGACUCUGAGUAAAAGGCUGUUAAAUGCGCAGAUGCAUUUACCUUGGGCAGUUCAUACAUA